AUGUUGGCGGCGGGGCUGAUGGUAAAUGUGGCAUUGGCUUUGCCCCUCAAUCUGGACGAGAUCCAGGAGACCGCUGAGACCGAUGAGCAGCUGCUUAAGCUGCUCGGUGGUCAAAGCAUGGAGGAGGCGGUUAUCAGUGCAGAACAGGAGAAGCUGCGUAUGCGACGCCAGCCUAUUGAGGAUCCUGAUCGAGUGAAUCAUGUCGACUGCCACUCGCAUUCGCAUUCGCAUCCCGAUGAGCUGGCACAUGAGCUGCACGGCCAUAAGCAUGGGUUGCGUGAGCGACGAGCAGCUGGCGACAAUUCCAGUGGUUCAUCGGAAGAAAAAAAACCAGAGCAAAAGGAAGAGAAAAAGGAAAAACAUGUAGCUGGUGAGGAUUCCGUUGGCUCAUCGGAAGAAAAGGGCCAGGUACAAAAGGAAGAGAAAAAGCAGAAAGAUGCUAUUUCCCCGGAAUUAAAGGUGAAACAGGCACAUGUAGUUGGUGAGGAUUCCAGUGGCUCAUCGGAAGAAAAGGGCCAUGGGCAUGCGGCACCCGCAAAGCGUCGUCGUCGAGCAGCUAGUGAGGAUUCCAGCGCGUCAUCGGAAGAAAAUAACCAGGGACAAGAGGAAGAAAAGAAGCAGAAAGAUGUUAUUGCUCUACCUGGUGAGGAUUCAAGCGCUUCAUCUGAAGAAGCGGCGCUGGGCAAAGAGAGGCCAUUGGUCCCGGAGCAGCCAGAGCCCACGCUGCUGGAGAAGGAUAGUAGCUCGUCAGAGGAGAUCCCAAGACGUAAGAAGCGGCGAGCCCAGAAACCCAUGUAUAAUAAGUCCUAUUUUUACUAA